CUACCUCAUGGCUUACAGGCCUCACCAUGAAGCCGGCGUAUCUCUCUGGCGCUGCGGUGCCUCCAAAGCUCACCCACUAGUUCAUGAUUCAACCCAAAGGACAGACUCGCUGCACAGAGGGAUCUAUGAUGACUGUACACUCAUUGUGCUGUGCCAGACAACUUUGACAGCACUCAAGUACAGGCUCAAGUUCUCUGAUGCCAUUCAUGGAGGACCAAGCAAGAAUCAACGGCAUGCAGCACUGAGGGAGGACACUUCUCACUUGUGCAGUGGCUGAGCUGCACUUGAGGUGUGUGAACUGCUGAGGGAAGAGAGGCGACGGGUGAUGGAGGCAGAGGAAGCUCUGGGGGGACAGUGUUGGGUGAGUGCAGAGGAAGCUCUGGGGGGACACCUGUGUUGGGUGAGUGCAGAGGAAGCUCUAGGGGGGACACCUGUGUUGGGGGAGUGCAGAGGAAGCUCUGGGGGGGACACCUGUGUUGGGGGAGUGCUGGGGGGACACCUGUGUUGGCUGACCCCUCCCCACAACCCCCUGGCAGACUCGUCUGGUGGACCUCGGAUACCAACUCUCAGCAUCUGCCACAUCGAUUUCCCCCCAAAUCUCACCUCCUCAACAUUGUCUAGCUCUGCCGCAACACACCAGGCCCAUGGCAUCUAAAUGCAGCUGCAAGUACACGACUGGAUUGUGCAACAGCUGUGUGUGUGUGCCCAAGAAGGUAGAACCGGCAGCAACUGCAUCCCUGGCACGAGCUACAGGUGCACCAAUAAGGCUGACCUCCACGAAAUUUUAACGUAGGCGUGGCUCUACUAUAUAUUAUCUUCAACUGCUCUUCAACUGCUCAUCCACCGGCCACCUACCUCACAUCAACAUGUCAUGCUGCAGAUGUACAACGGGAGUAUGUAGCGGGUGUGUGUGUGCCCAGGGGAGCACACCGUGUACAACUUGCAACAGCCAAAGAUGCUCCAACCAGGCCACUCCACUCCCAAACCCACCAGCCCCACCUCUAACGCUGGGCCCAAUGGCCCUGAGGCUCAAGAGAUGCGUUCCCGCUAGUCAGCUAGUUCCCCCUCCACCUAAGAGGAAAUGUUCAACAGCAUCUAAAGAAAUUUACAUGGGAGGCCUCCCUCCCAAGACAACAAAGGGGGAAAUACGAAGUGCCCUCCAUUGCUUUGGAGGAACCAGCUCGGUGGACAUCCCUGGGCGAAGGGAAGGGAGGGGGUUUGCCUUCGCUAGAUUUUUUUCAGAAGAAUCGGCAAGAAUGGCAGUAGAAAAGAAAAAAAAUAUUGAUCAAAGGAAAAAGUGUGUGUGAUCUGCUGAGGAAAGAGAGGCGACGGGUGAUUGGAGGCAGAGGAAGCUCUGGGGGGGACACUUGUGUUGGCUGACCCCUCCCCACAACCCCCUGGCAGACUCGUCUGGUGGACCUCGGAUACCAAUGGCCUCGAUAUACUACACCCCUGAGGGGACUCGGCCUGACACAAGUAAAGAUCACUGUCUUGUUCUCCAGACGCUUCUUUGGACCUCCUGGAGGUGGAAACUCCAGUCCUAGUGUCCACACCAUUGCUAGAGGAGUCCCUCUCUCUCCACACCAGGACCUCGGGUGUCAGCUCUCAGCAUCUGCCACAUCGAUUUCCCCCCAAAUCUCACCUCCUCAACGUCGUCUAGCUCUGCCGCAACACACCAGGCCCAUGGCUUCUAUCUAUAUGCUGCAAAUACACGUCUGGAACGUGCAACAGCUGACCGGCAGCAACUGCAUCCCUGGCACGAGCUACAGGUGCACAAACAAGCUUUGUCCCCACGCCCACUUGGAGUGCACAAUCAACUCAUAUCUGCAAUCUCAGUGUCUGCCAGCAGCCACUACAUGUUCAUCUCUCUGCAGUACUCCAGUUCCCGGCAUCAUCUCUCUCUAUCUGUACCAUAAUGGCAUCUAAACGCUGCUGAUGCAUGACGGCCUCAUACCACCCACAGCUGUGUGUGUGCCCAGGGAGGCACACCUUGCAGCAACUGGAGGCAGGUGCACAAAUAAGCUGUGGCCCCACGCCCACUUCCUCUCCUCAUAAUUGUUAUAAAAGAGCGGACUUUUGCAGUGCUGAACAAUCAGCAACAAGGCUUCUUCAGUCAUUGAUCAUCCCUCUGUAAGGCUUCUUCAGUGCAUCGAUCAUCCCUCUAUACCUUGACCUACCUAGGCUCUAUUCCGUGACAAUGUCCAUAUCAUGCUGUUGCAGGUGCACAAAAGGCUCCUGCCAAAGUUGUGUGUGUGCCCAGAGGGGCACACCUUGUACCAAAUGCCACCCUGGAAGCAGCUGUACAAACCAGACGGCAUCCAUAGAAAUUUAUUUGGGAGGCCUCCCUGCACGUACCACCGAAGGGGAUAUCAGGGAGCCCUCCGUUGUUUUGGCGGCACCAGCAGUCUGGUCGUACCAGGAGGGAGAAAAGGAAGGAAGGAAGAGGGGUUCGCCUUUGCCAUGCUAAAGAAAACGUGGCCGAAAAGGCUAUAAAGAAAAAGAACAUGGAACCUCUCACAAGAAGGUGAUCACCCUGGUGGCAAGUAGGGCCCCCUCACCCACAGGACGUAACCCACCAGCAGGCUCUGCCCCACCCCCAAUCUCACCAGCUCCAUCCACUGCCUCGUAUACUGAACAGGCUCUCCACUCCCUAACCCACCAGCCCCACCUCCAGCCCUAGCUACCACGCUGGGCCCUGAGGCUUAAAAAAUGCAGCGUACCAGCUAGUGUGAUUGUCCGCUCCUCCUCUCCUCCUAAGGAAUGCUCAAGUAAAUCGAAGAAGGUUUACCUAGGUGGCCUGCCUGCAGGUUGCACUAAAGGGGACAAAAGCCAGGCCCUCCGCCAGUUUGGGGAAAUUAGUGUAAGUCAUUAUUAAGGGUAUAGUGGUUCGAUCGAUUAUAACUUGUGCUAUACUGCUCUGCCUUGUAUAAAGUGUGUCAUCAUCCCUGCUGGGUGGAGUGGACCAAGGGAUUAGUUCAGAUUUGCGUUCGCCACAUUCUUGGAACAAAGGAUCGGCGGACAAAGCCAUAAAUAAAGGAAAAAUCUUUAUCCUCUCUCCAGCUCUACCAAUCAUGCAAAACUGAGUCGUGCAGCCACUACCAACCAUCUCAUCUCCACUGCCUCAUCUUCUCUAGCUCUCCGACACGGCAUCAAUAAACUGCUGCAGGUGCUCAACUGGGAGCUGCAGCAUGUGUGUGUGUGCCCAGGGAGGCUAGACUGCACGAAUUGCCUCCCUGCCACAAUUGCAAGCACAAGAUGCUCCAACCAAGCCAAUCUACUCCAGCCACUGCCCUGCUCACAAUGUACCACCACAGGGGAGGCCCAAUGGCCCUAGGACUUGAGGGUAACAAGAUGCAGGGUCUGCCUCCCCGGGCACAGACACACUUCAGGCAGGUGCCACUACUGCAUCUGCAGCAGGCCAUGAUGUGAGGGAUGAGCUUCAGUUGCAGGGGAGAUCUAGACGCUGAGUGGAGGAGAGGAGUCGUAUGAGCUAUACAGACACGUCUUGUUGAGAGAGACAACGCUUUGCAGAUGGAGGAACCUACUCCAACCACUGCAACUACCACAACAGGAGGCCCAAUGGCCCUAGGACUUGAGGGUAACAAGAUGUGGAGUACCCGGUGCUAUACUGCGUCCACUCCUCCUCCUAAGAGGAAAUGCCCAGGAGGCCUCCUAACUGAGUAAGAGCAACUGCUCAUCCACUGAUGCACCUACCUCAGCUCACUCAUCUCACCUCACCUUUCCCAUGCUUGAUGGACUACCCCACCUCCUGAGCUAUAACCCAGCCAAAAACAUCCCUGCAGAUCCAUCUGCAUAGUCCAUCAGCAGAAACCAUGAGGGCCAUGUAUAAUGUGGUGUUCGUCAAAUGUUAAAGAGCCAAUGUGUGUUGCAAGUGUUUUGCAUGUGGUCAGGUCAAUAGGAUCGAAGGAAUUGACAGCCGAGACUCCAUGAAUGUUGUGCAUAUUAUAAUUAUAGGCUAUAAUGAUUAUGAGCUGAAUCAUUGCCUCAACUAGACUUAUGUCACUGGUUCCUCUACUCCCUCACAGACAGCGUCCAGGAAAAUACAUUUGGGUGGGCUAUCUCCAGGCGUUUCUGUAGGGGAUGUUAAGGAGGCCUUCCUUCGUUGUUUCAGGGAAAGUAUUGUGAUAUCCCAUCACGUUCGGGUUUGCAAUCCUAAAAACAGCAGCAGCAGCUGAGAAGGCCAAAACUAUUUGUGGCUGAGGUUCCUCCACCCCCUUACUUAGGAGGCCUCCCUACGCGUAUACAACAGCGGGGGAUAUCAGGGAGGCCCUCCACUGCUUUAGACCCACCAGCAUGUGAUUAUUAAGAGUGGUGGUUCGGUCAAAUAACUUAUGCCAUACUUCUCUGUUGUGCAGUUAGUCACAUGACUGUACUGAUACUGAACUGAACAAAAAUAAUAUUGUUGUUGCUUGUUUGUUCUUAUCUUUUAUCUUUAAUAUUGUUGAUUGUUUCUUUUUAUCUUUUAGUUAUUGCGUUAUUGUUGAUUAUUGUGUUAUUCAUUAUCCA